AUGAUAAACCAUAAAGAGAAGAAAGAGAGGCCAAAUGCGCUGUUACGGAUCUCUGGUUCAACUCAGGCAGAAACUAGUGCUAGUCACGUACGAUCCAGUGAGGAUUACAAAACACGUAACUUCUCUACAUCUAGUGCUAGUCACGUACGAUCCAGUGAGGAUUACAAAACACGUAACUUCUCUACAGCUAGUGCUAGUCACGUACGAUCCAGUGAGGAUUACAAAACACGUAACCUCUCUACAGCUAGUGCUAGUCACGUACGAUCCAGUGAGGAUUACAAAACACGUAACUUCUCUACAUCUAGUGCUAGUCACGUACGAUCCAGUGAGGAUUACAAAACACGUAACUUCUCUACAGCUAGUGCUGGUCACGUACGAUCCAGUGAGGAUUACAAAACACGUAACUUCUCUACAGCUAGUGCUAGUCACGUACGAUCCAGUGAGGAUUACAAAACACGUAACUUCUCUACAGCUAGUGCUAGUCACGUACGAUCCAGUGAGGAUUACAAAACACGUAACUUCUCUACAGCUAGUGCUAGUCACGUACGAUCCAGUGAGGAUUACAAAACACGUAACUUCUCUACAGCUAGUGCUAGUCACGUACGAUCCAGUGAGCAAACUUUAAUAAUGAUUGAUUUAAUAUAA